AUGAUGCUCGAACGAUCGGACGGUUCUGGCCGCGUGCGACGUCGGCGCAGGCGUCGCAUGACGUACGUGUGGCGUGCGACGGUGUCGCAGGUGUUGCAGGAUCGCAGCUUGGCCGGAUUCGCAUCGCCGCCGCAGAUACCGCACACCAAGCAAGCCGACCCACUCCGUACGUUCCCCAGGAGCAGGUGCGCGCUAGCAGCAGCAUUCGGCGCGAUGGCGGACACGGUGCAGACGGUGCUGGAGCGCAUGCUCCCGGAGCUCGACAGUCUCGAGAAGCAGGGCGUCUUUUCGCGCGAGGAGAUUAAAGAGAUCGUGCGCCGCCGCACCGCCUUCGAGUACCGCCUCAGGCGCCGCGGCAGCGCGGCGAUUAAGGACGACUAUAUGCGGUACAUAGAGUACGAGAUGCAGCUCGAGGCGCUGCGCCAGCUGCGGAGGAGAGACCCGAAUCGCCGCCAGGCUUUCCGCCAGCGCGCGGACGCGGUGCUGCGGCGCAAGGGGAAGCAGGGCAGCCGCGAGUGGUACCGGCGGCAGCGCGCGGCGGAGCGCGCGAGUGACGUGGCGGUGAUAAAGCGCGUGCUCUUCAUCUUCUCGCGCGCGACUCGGCGAUUCAAAGGCGACCUGGACCUCUGGAUGCGUUACCUCGACUUCUGCAAGGCGUCCGGGUCGAGAAAGCAGAUGCAGAAGACCAUGGCACGUGCACUGCAGCUGCACCCCACAGAGCCCUCCCUCUGGCUGUACGCCGCAUCCUACGAGUUCACCCACCGCAUGAACGCGCCUGCUGCGCGCACGCUGCUGCAGCGGGGGCUGCGCAUGUGCUGCCCUCAGCUCUCCGCUGGGGGGAGAGACGGGGGGAAGCCGGGGGGAGACGGGGGGAAGGACGCGGGGGGAGAAGGGGGAAGCGCGGGGGGCGCAGGGGCUGCUGGGGGAGGGCCAAAGGGAGGGGCGGGCGGAUGGGCGGGCGGAGGGGCGGGUGUGGAGCGGGCAGGUGUGACGAUUUCUGAGGCUGGGAACAUUUCAAUCGUGCCUGCCCGGGUUUUGGAGGCAUCUCGGCUGCUGUGGAGCGAGGUCUUGGAUUUCCUUGUGCACCUGGAAUUCCAACUUCACCUCAGCACCACCUCUCAACUUCAUCCGUCCCACCUCUCCACUUGCCUCUCCUGUUUCUCGGGCCCCUCUUGUCUGAACGCUGUUCAGGUGUUUGAAGACGCUUUGGAGAAGGAGCAGCCGCCGUCGACUGUAUCGUCCCUGUGCUGCGCGUAUCUCGACUUUCUCAUGCGCUUGAUCACUGGAGGGAAGGCGUAUGGGGAAGUGGGCGAGGGAGGAGAAGUGGGUGAGGACGGAGAUGGGGAAAAGGGGGAACAGGAGCCAAUGGAAUGCGAGGAAGCGGAGGGAGAGAGGGAAGGAGAGAGGGAAAGAGAGAGGGAAGGGCUGCCAUUGGCCGAUCUGGUGUGCCGAGCCAAUGCAGCCAUGGCUCUGGCGGAGGCUCGGGGGCUAGGUGCGGACGAGCCAAUCGUUGAGCGCCACGUGGCACUGCUGCUGCGAUUCGGGCGAGCUGACGAGGCGCUGGAAGCUGCAAGGAAGGUUCUGGGAGCGAGUGGCGGGGUGGUGAUGCCAGGUGUGUGGGCACUUGGAAGGGAAGCAGAGAGGCGAGUGGGGAGAGGAGGGGGUAAGGUGGGGACUGAUGUGACAGCAGCAGGAGCAGGAGCAGGAGCAGGAGCAGGAGCAGGAGGAAGAGGAGGGAGAGGAGGAACAGCAACAAGAGUUGGUGGUGUGGGGUCAUCAGGGCCUGUGCGUAUUGUGGAUUGGAGCCAUCCCAAGCUGGUGGAUUACUGGAUGCAGCAAGUAGAGGCAGCGCCAAGCCUGUCUGCUCUGCAAGGCACAGUGGACUCGCUCGUCACAGCAGCAGCCACCAUCGCCUCCCCCCCCACCGCCCCUUCCGUGCCACCCCCAUCACCUUCUGCGGCUGCUGCUGCUGCUGCUGCUGCUGGUGCCGAGAAAGGUUCUGCAAGUGCUGUGACGAGCAGUGAGGAUCCAUCAGCACAUGCGCGGCAUCUACUGGCAGCAGUGCAGUGUGCCGCCCUCGCCACGGCCAAGAGGCGCUUUGCCAUCUCUGCUGCCCGCCAGCUCUACGCAAGAUUCUUCUCUCUCCCAUUUGCCUCAGAGCAACUCUUCCUGUCCGCUAUUCACAUGGAGCGCGAGUGGCAGGCGGAGCAGAGUGGGAAGGGGAGUGAGCGGGGGAGGGAGGGGCGGGUGGAGCGCCUAUUUGAUUCUGCCUUGCAGCAGUUUGGUGCCUCCAGUGCGGAUCUCUGGCUGGCGUACUGCCGAUAUGCGCUUGAGGUGAAUGACACGGGUCUGCUCUCGUCCAUCCACUGGAAGGCUCGACACUCACUGCCCGAUGCAGCCGGGUUCAUGACCGCUUAUCACCGCAUGGUGCACUUAUCGUCUGCGUGA